CCAGAUAGCGGCGGUCACGUGAUGCCGGGUUCGGUACUCGAAGCUGCGGACGCCUGAUCUUAAUCCGCCCCACCAGCUUUUUCUUGAACCUUCGAGAUCAAGGCAGUCGAGAUAUACGGCAGUCUCUUUUGUUUUCGACUGCACGCUAUCUUUUUACUCUGCGGCUGGCUCACAUUGCUCCUCAAGCCUGUGUUUUCACACAUCCUUCCUAGCUGGUUUAGUCCAUCUUAGAUCGGGCAGGUCUUGUGAUUUGACGGCGAAAGGAGUGGAAACACAAAGAAGGCAUCUCAUUGUGAACAAACGCAACCCUAGUCUACAAAGACUCUUGCCAACUAUCCUGCUGGUCCCCCAAAAAUGGCCGAAAACACCCCGCUUCUACCGAGGACCAAGCCCCAAAACAGGCGCAAACGGGUGGCGCCAGCCAGCCCGAAACUAGGCACCUUUGACGGCGUGUAUCUCCUGACAUCUCUUAACGUGCUCUCCAUCUUGAUGUUUCUUCGCUUUGGUUUCAUCGUGGGCCAGAUGGGCAUCAUGGGCUCGGUGCUUCUUCUUGUGAUGUCGUACCUUAUCAAUGUGCUCACUGUGCUCUCCAUCAGCGCCAUUUCCACCAACGGCACGGUGAAAGGCGGCGGCGCCUAUUACAUGAUCUCACGCUCGUUGGGCCCCGAGUUCGGCGGCGCCAUCGGCUUGAUUUUCUUCGUGGGCCAGAUCCUCAAUGCCUCGUUGAACGUGGUGGGUUUCAUCGAGCCGCUCCUAGUAAAUUUCGGCGCCGUCCAGGGCGACAUUUUUCCGCUCUUGCCUGUUUCCCGUGUGUGGGAGCUCGCAUACUCGACCUUGCUUUUGGCCAUGUGCACGGGCGUGGCGAUCGUGGGCCUGUCGCUCGUUUCUAAAACGGCGCUCUGGCUUUUUGUGCUCCUCACUCUCAGCACUUUAUCGAUCCCUGUAUCGGCGCUUGUGGUGCCUGCGGGCCACCCGCUCCCGGCGCCCUGGGACGGCCUCAAAUACACCGGGAUUUCGUGGGCCACGACCCUUGAGAAUCUCUGGCCGCAAUUUACAAGUGGCGCCGUGGGCUCUGUGCAGCCGCCGGGGGUCCCCGAGACAUUCUGUAACAUGUUCGGCAUUUUCUUCCCCGCCACGGCCGGCAUCUUUGCCGGCUCGUCGAUGUCGGGCGACCUCAAAACGCCCUCGCGGCUGAUUCCCAAGGGCACGCUCUACGGGCUCUUGACCAGCUUUGUUUUGUACUUGUUGGUGAUUGUGUCGCUCGGCGUGUCGACGCCUCGCGAGCUUUUGCAUAGGGACAUUAAGGUGAUCCAGUCAAUCAACAUGAACGGGCUCAUCAUCAUCAUUGGAGAGGUCUCGACGUCGCUUUUCUCGGUAAUCAUGGGCGUGGUGGGAGCCGCGUCCAUGCUCAAUGCCAUUGCCGACGACCGCAUCAUCCCGGGCUUGUCAGCAUUUGCCACGCGGAAAAAACGGCCUCAUGAAAAAAGACGGGCCGAGCUCUUGAGCAUUCUUCUCACGUGGCUUCUAGCCCAGGUGUUUCUCUUUGCGGACAUCAACCAGAUCGCCAUCUUCAUCACCAUGGCAUUCUUGAUGACAUUCUUGGUCACCAACUUGGCGUGCUUCCUUUUGCGGCUCGGCUCGGCGCCCAAUUUCCGGCCUUCGUUCAAGUACUUCAACUCCAAGACCGCGUUUACGGGCGGCUUGACCUCGGUCAUUGCCAUGUACAUCUGCGACGGGGUCUCUGCAACCUCAGCCAUCGUCUUCUUGGUGUUUUUGAUUAUGAUGAUUCACUACUCAACGCCGCCGCUGAAUUUCGGCGACAUUCUGCAGCUCUUGAUCUACCACCAGGUGCGCAAGUACUUGCUCCGCCUCAAAUUGCAGAUGAGUGUCAAGUACUGGAGACCCCAGAUCUUGUUGUUGUGCGAUGACCCACAAACCUCGUGGAACCUCAUAGGCUUCUGCAACCACCUCAAAAAGGGUGGGCUUUAUAUCUUGGGGCACGUGGUCCUAUUGGAUGACCACAGCAGCUCAGAUGGAGUGUCCUCGGAGUUCAACAUCAGCUCGUUCAAGGAGAUCCGGAAGCAGAAAAACGCCUGGUUGAAAUUGAGAGACUUGGCGAAAAUCAAGGCAUUUGUACAGAUCGCCAUUGGUCCGUCGUUGCCCUGGGGAGUGCGCAAUGUUUUCCUCGGCUCUGGCUUGGGAGGCAUGAAGCCAAACAUCACUGUGAUUGGCUUUUACGACUUCCAUAAACAUGGAGUGGAGCUUCCAAUGAACCAGUCUCACCUCCAGUUGCCCACUGAUGACUGCAGAAAGGAAAAGAAGGUCUCGGUCAACCAGUGGGUGCAGAUUGUCGAAGACUUGGUCAUUAUGCAAGCAACAGUGGCUGUGGCUGCGAAUUUCAGGGACAUGAAGCUCCCGAUUUUCGAGAAACUGUGGAUCAAAAGUAAAAUGUCGAAAAUGGGCAAAAAGCCCAAAAAGUACAUCGACUUGUACCCGAUCCAGAUGUCUACCAUCUGCUUGCUUGAAGACGGGAAAUCGGUGAUGUCUACCAACUUCGACACAUACACCUUGAUUUUGCAGUUGGGUCUGAUUCUUUCAACAGUUGACGAAUGGGAGAAAAAUGGUUACGUGUUGAGAAUCAUUGCCUUUGUUGAAACAACUGCAGAACAAGAAGACGAGCGACAGAGACUAGGAACCUUGCUCGAGAGUCUUCGGAUCGACGCCGAGGUGAAGAUUGUGUGCUUUGACAGCGAAAAUCUUCCAAGCUACAACCUCCUCGUGAAAGGACAUGAUGUAACGACCGACACACGGGCGGUAUAUGAACAUAUCAAGCUGAUCUUAAAUACGGAUCAGUGGUGGAUUAAUAUGGUGGAGGGCAGAAAAGCAUUACGGGAUCUUGAGGCUCAGAAGAGACCAAGAAAGGGGAACCAUAAAUCGCGCGCAAUUGUCAUUGCGGAUGAUCUCUCCAAUCGACUCCGAAAGUUGACUUUUACGUCAAAAAGCCCGUCUGAAGGAACUGGGAGAGGCAAGUCUCUCAAAAACAAUCGGAGGUACACCUUGUCCAACUUACAUGAACAAGGCUUAUCGCUUUCGCUCAAUAUGAAAGCUCAAGGCGAUGGCCUGUUCUUCAAAUACGACGGGGUUCUUGAUAGCAGCGAUGACAGUGACACAGAAAAAGACUACAUCAAGGAAGAUGUGGCCAGCCAUGCAUCUAGCGUACUAAACCAGCAAGGAAUUGUCAGGCCGCAAUCUAGCGGCUAUGCCUCCACUGCUGCUACCCAGAAAUCUUCACCCUCCCCAAAACUGGAAAUGUUGCUCCCCAAAACGCCCGACCAGCUCUCAAUUCGUGCUUCUCGAUCGAAUCUACGUCCGAACUUUCUGGCGGGCAAGAUUCCACAUUCGAAAAUCAGAGACGAUGCUGAUGACGCCGAAGCAGAUGAGGAUAGUGAGAACGCUAAGCCUUCGAUUGAGUUUGUAGAAGAGGCUGAACACUCGGAAGAAGAUGAUGACGGCGACGAUAUCGAGGAUGACCAUCAGAUGCACUUGGAUACGGGUCCAGAAAAAGUGAAGGAUGCAGAAAACAUAUACAAGGACGGACCUCUCACGAGCUCUCUGACCCACUCCUUGGCCGAGACGAACAGAGCUGGGCUUAAAGCAACCUCAAGACGGGCGAUCCAGGGCAAGAAAGGUCAAAGUGUGCAUUUCAACCCGCAGUUCGAGCAAGCAGGAACUCAAACACCCUCAAUUCUCACAAACGAUGGGAUUCAUGAACACUUGCAAUCGCCGGGGUUCAGAGAAGAUGACGAGGGCUUAUCGCUUUCUAGUAGAGAGAUGUCCACUGUGAAUUUGCGCGAGGGCACCAGCGGGCUAAGUCGCGAGAACAAGCUCACGUACAGACUGCUUCAAAAGGAAUUGGAGCUGCUCUCGUUCAGUGAUCUCCCCGCCAAGGGCCAGCAUAUCAUCCUCAAUGAGCUCAUGAAGAAGAUCUCGAAAACGGACGACACGGCCGUGAUUUUCUCGACGCUCCCCGCUCCGGCAAUUGGGUCUCAUUUGGAUGACGAAGAGUCGCUCGCAUACACCAAUAGUCUUGCCAUCUGGCUCGAUGGAUUGGCACCCGUGCUUCUCUUGAACUCACAGACCGUUACAGUGACUACAUCUUUGUAA